AUGGAAGGUUUCAUUAAGCUAAACAUUGAUGCCUGCUCUCUAGGAAAUUCAGGUAGGUCUGGAACAUGGGGUAUUUUCUGUGAUCACAGAGGAAAUCAUAUCUUGAGUUUUUUAAGUGGCCUGGGAGUUACAACAAACUUUGUUGCAGAGUUUGAGGCUUUUUUCAUGGGUAUACGGAUUACAAAAGAACAGAGUUGGUUGAAAUUGUGGGUGGAAUGCGAUUCACAUGCAAUGGCAAUUUGCAUCAAAAAAUGUACCAUUCCAUGGUUCUUCCAGCAGCAAUGGCGGAGUUUAAAGGCUUACUUGGACACCAUCACAUGGUCAAUUGCUCAUUGCUACAGAGAGGCAAAUAAUAUUGCAAAUAACCUAGCAAAACAUACUGCACUUGCACAG